CUCCUAAUUCAUUACUGUUCACAGCUAUAACAAAUGAUGGUUUAUAUAUUGUUCAUUAUUGUAUAGCAGAAACUUUAUCAUAUGUACGUAUCGAUGGUUAUUAUGAUCUUGUUUCAAUGCAUGCCAAAAAUCGACAAAUUGUAUGUACAGCUCGUCAAGGUAUUAUCGAUAUACAUAAAUGGAAAUGUGUUGUAAAUGAAGAUGAUGGCAAUGUCAAAAAUGAUGCGUUUCAUAAGUAUCAAUAUUAUAUGUCUCCAUCGAUAUUAGUUCAUCAUCUGUCACUACGAUCAAACAGUCAGCUGAAAAUGGUCAGUGAUUUUGUUUGA